AUGGACUAAACUAUUAAAAAUGUUAAUAAAUUUACAACUACAGAUAAAGAAUUAGAAAAUAACUUAAAAGAUUUACUUGAAAGAAUAUUAGUCUAUAUAGAGAAAUAUAUUGAUACAAAAGAAGAAUUAAAUUAAAUUGAAAAUGAAUUGAAAAACUACGAAAGUUUGUCCUAUUUAGUUGGUAUUAUAAAAGUAAUAUUUACUAAACUAAUGCUGAAAAUAGAAUAGAAAUUGUUGUAAGUAAAAAAUUAUUAUUCAAAAUCCAAAGGAAAUUGGAUAAAAGCAACGAUUUUAAUAAUUCUUAAUUCUAUUAAAAUGAUGAAGAAUAUGAUAAAUUAGAAUAAACUAUAAUUAAAUAUGAAUAAGAAAUUCGAAAUCAUAUUAGUGUAAUCAAUUUUUAUUAUUAUUUUUAGAUAGAAUAACAAUUAAAAUUAUUUGCUGAAUCUAUUUAAAACAAAUUGGAUGAGAGUGAAUAAAUUAGAUAAGAAGUAUUGGAAACAACUAAAACUAAUCUAAGUGUAAAUACAUUUUAUUAUAUUAUAAUAGAAACUGAAAAGAGAAAAUUAAGAAUUAAAUGAAAAAGAGAAAUUAUUAUAAUAAGAAGUAAAUAAUUUAAAGUAAACUAUUUCAAUUUUAGAAAAAGAAAACAAAAAAAAAUCUAUAGAAACUAAUUAAAGAGACUAUUUAUAAUCUUUAAUUAAUAAAUAAGCUAAUUAAUAAUCAGAGCUAUAAAAAAAUAGACUUAAUCAAAAUUUUUAUCUGGAUUCAAGAUAAUUAAACUCUCAUUCUGAACAUAAAUCAAAUCCAUAAUAAUUUUUAAAAGAAUAAUAAGAAUUAAUAAUUCCUACAUAAUCAUCUUAAAAAUUAAAUUAUUAUAAUAUUAUCAAUAAUAUAAAUACCAAAUAAAGAUAAGAAAUUAAUAAAUCAAUUCAAUAACAAGAUUUUAACAAUAUUUAUAGUUAAAUAAUGAGAAAUAAACAUAAUUCAUUAUCAUCUAUAAAUGAUCUAAUUUAAAAUGUAAAAUAAUAAGAUAAAAAGCGCAAUGAUUAAUUAUAAUCAAUCUCGAAGAAUAGCUCCUAGAAUAAUAGUAUGAUUUAGAAGAAUAGAAGUAUUAUUAAUUAUUUAAUAAUCAAAAGUAUAUUAAUAAAUUGAACCAUUGUAAUUUUAAUAAAGAAGUAAAAGUUCUAAACGAGCAGAUGACAUCAUUAAAUAUUAAACUUUAGAAUCUGUAAUAAAACUAAAGUGA